AUGAAUGCACGCACGCACACACUCCCGCCACGCGCUGUACCGUCACCGUGCCGAUGGAACAGGUUCCCCGUGACGUCACCAGGGCAGAGCAGUGCCGGGCGGGGGAGGGGUCGGCAGGUGCUCCCUAUGCCGGGCCAGGCGACAGCUGCUACCCUCGCUGUGGGAAACUAUCUCAGCCGAGGUUUCCCACGGAGUCUCCGGACCCACGUGUUGAGCACACCUGCACCCCCACCCUCCCCCUCGGUAUAUAAGCCACCACCCCUCCUUGGACCGGCAUCAUUCGCUCACCGCUUCUCGGUCUGUGUGCUUGUGUCGCUCUACUCGCAGUUUCGUUUAUCACGUGCUCUUAUCAUGUCUGCUAUCAUCUCCCACAAAUUGGAGGAAUCCCAGAACUCCAAGAACAAGAUGGCCGACUCCCGAAGCCGCUUCUUCCUCAGGAAGAUUCACAAGUUGAAAAAGAUGCUGCAGCCUCUGUUCUCACGGAAGCCCAAGCCAGAGCCCAUGUCCACUGGGGCCUCCAUCGAGGACUUGCAGAACGCGAUGAACGAGGCCUUGGAGGCUCGCCUGGCCGAGGACCUCGCCACAUCUCCCGGUGUUGCCGGUGACGCUAUCCAAGCCCUGGUGGACGGCGAGGUCACCCUCGUCAUCGUCAACCCCGGAACCGAGGUCCAGGUUCCGGCCCACUUCUUCUCCCACACCCCCGGCCGCUUCUCCUGGACCUUUCUUCCCUCUGCUGAUUUCGAUAUUUGCCCCCGUGGAGACUUCAACGCCCUCAGCUACUCGCAGAUCCCCGAACAACAGACUCCACCUUCAACCCCCCACUAAGACACCCAUUCAUCAGUUGUCUUCGCUCUGGAUUCGAUGGCCUCCUAACACCCAGUCGUCUUUCAACUAAAAGGUCACUAUAGUGAAUCAUCACAACCAAGUGACUUCCAGACCGCUUCUCGAGACUCGAUAGAAGACUUCCACACGAGGUAGUCCACUUCCCGAGUCCAGACUCUUAAUUGCUCAAGAUACUACGAUGUCUUUCAUUACUUUAUGUUUGUAGAUGUUUAUUAUGGCACAAUUUAUAUUAUGUUUUGUUUCUACUAGAAAGGCCACUCAAUUUUUACUAUAAUUCAAAAUAAUGUUUGUAUGUAAUUAUUGAAAUUUAUAAUGGCCUAAUAGAACUUUACAGUUAAUCAGAAGGCUUUAAUGUAGGUUUAGUUGUGUACAUGUGUUUUAAAUCAUUUCAUAUUAACUCUUUUUACUGAAAUAUAAAAUUUAAUUGGCUUUUUAUAUUCUGUAUUUGUAAUUUUGUUUACAUUGUCAAAAUAUUUUUUAAAGUAGACUUUUAUCAUAUUUUCUUGUUUCAUUUAAUUCUUUUUUACAUCAAUUUUCUUUUUUUUUUAGAGUGUGUGAUUUAUGUGUGCUUUUAAUUAUUGUUAGGUUUGAUUUACAUAUCGUAGAAUAUAAGUAUAGUUUAUAUAAAAGCAUUUGUGAUAGUAGUAAAAUAGUAUUAGGAAUCUUAGAAUAUACAUACACUAAGCUGUAUUUUAGAUAAAUCCAUUGUCUUCCAUAUUAAUGUUUAGUUAUUUUUAAUUUUAAAGGAUUUCCAGUACUGUUUAUAUACUCGUUUGUAAAUAGUUUUGUGAUAAGUUCCUUUUUGGAUUGUGAUUGCCCGAUAGAUGAUGUUAUCAUUGUGUUGAUGUUCAUAUUGAACUUGUGAUAAGAAUGAUAUAGAUUUGUUCAAUAAAUGACAAAUUUCUCAAAA